AGCAGAUACGACAAAAGAACUCUUCUUGGCGUAAGGUUAGAUUCGAAAAUCUCCUCCCAUCAUGGCAUCUUAUCAAGUAAUCCUCGUCUUGAUGUUUUCUGUCUUCUUAAGUGCUUCAUAUGCGUGCACCAACUCCACCAUCGCUGCCUUCAAUAUACAAGUAUUGGGGAAGACUAAGAUGGGCAAACCGGAAGUGGUCAACUAUUUGACAAAGAUUAUUGUUCGAUAUGACAUAGUCCUCAUCCAAGAAAUACGAGAUAUCUCAGAGACAGCUAUUUACGAGCUACUCGAUGGGGUUAAUAAUAGGCAACCAGGAGUCAAUUACAAAAUGGAACUAGGACCACGGGUCGGUCGAACUUCCAGCAAGGAACAAUAUGCCUAUUUUUACAGGGAAGAUAAAUUCAGGGCACUGCAGUCGUUUACUUACAAUGAUAUACUGGACGAUUUUGAAAGAGAACCAUUUGUUGUUCUCUUUGAAAACCUGGAUAGUGGAGCGAAGGUAUCCAGGUUUUCUAUCGUUGGACUCCACGCUAAGCCCGACCAUGCUCCACAAGAGAUAGAUUACUUACUUGAUGUCUAUAAUGACGUCAUAAAACAAUUUGGAGAAAACGUCAUACUCAUGGGGGAUUUUAAUGCCGACUGCAGUUACGUAACUGGAAAUGAGUUUGAGAAUCUUAAACUUAACACGAUGACAUCUUUCUCUUGGCUCAUCGAUUCUUCAGCCGACACGACUGUAAAAUCAACAAACUGUGCUUAUGAUAGGAUCGUGCUUGCUGGUCAGAAGUUGAUCGAAAACGGCCGCGAUGCCGGAGUCUUCAACUAUCAUGAAGAAUAUGGUAUAACACAGGAUUUGGCUGAGGAUAUCAGUGAUCACUAUCCUGUACACUUUACCAUCGUCUAAACUAAAGAAGGUGAUGCACUCAUCAAAUUUAUCAGAACCAGUGACAAAUUCCGUCGCAUCAAAUGCAGUCAUUGUGUAGGAAAAUGAAAUUCCUUUAAUGCUAAUAAUCACAACUGCUUAUUGAAUUAGAAAACAUAUUGACUGAUUAGCAAUCAAUGAACGCAUUUUGAUCAAUCAUCAAGAUAUCAACAACCAUAGAUGAUAUUACCAUUAACUUCAAAUAAUUAUAUUAGAAAGGAUUAAUUAAUUUCGUCUUAUAUGAUAUAUCGGUACCGGUCGUCCGUGCUUUACUUUACCCCCUCGCCCCAAGCUCGAACCCCGAUUUUUUUAAAUACAUAUUGUUUGUGUGUCUGUUGAGACGGUGUUUAUUUAACUCUGUUGACUCCUAACGUUUUAAAUAUCAUGGUUGUAUUUGUGUGUUUAAGUUAAUAGCAGAUUUGUUUCACAUUGGAAGCUUGAUGAAUUUACUCUAAAUGAAUACGUUUCUGGUGGUUUAACUUGGUUACAAACAAGUAGUCGAAAAUAAGCUUUAUCAUUAAGGCUGCCAUUCGAAAUUACAUGCUACACGCUGUAAAUAUGUACAUUUAUUGUUUCAUUUAAAUUGACUAAAUACAUGCCACCAAUAACCAACUAGUCGAUUUUUUUUUCAUAUCCGGCGUUCUUAUGUGAACUUAAAGAUUUGUUGCUCCUGACGAUUAGUCACAUAAUAGUUAAAUAUUUUAUGUGAGGCCGGUGUUGAAAUGGUUACAAAGAUAUACUAUAGUUUAACAGGUUUAAGGGUUGAAUUGCUAGCUCGACUGGAUGGAGUGAAAGAAAAAUAUGAUUAAAUUAUUUCAAUAAAUUCCAUAUGACAUCUCCUCAAAAGGU